AUGCUACACUGCCUAGCAUGGGCUUUUUCUCUCCUCUCCGUCUCUCUUACCAGUUCCAUAUCCGUGAGUUCUCCAGAUAACACCGGAGAGUAUUACUGUGGCCGACAGACUUAUGGCUCGCCGAACAUCGUUGAUUGCCAUCCUCUCCUGGAGUCGUUCGCAAAUUACCAAGACAAUGUCCACCGCGUUUUCGACGAGGAGCAGAUGAGAGCAGAUGAAACAGGCUCCUGGCCUGGUGUGAUUGGCAUCGUGGGAGCAGCUCAUCUCAGUUGGGUUGUCCAGGUACCUAGGUAUUAUACAUCGAACUCGUGCAACUUCGCACUUCUGAGCUAUGCUUCAGGAUAUGGCUCUAUCAAUGCUCUGGGCGGGACAAGCUGGGCGAAGAUUAACGCUGGGGGGAACUUCAUGAUGACGAAGUGUCUGCUCAAUGGGCCGUUGGGGUCUGGAGGGGUGGUCGUGAUACCGAGCACGGAGCAGCCCAAGCAGUCCGUCCUCAGUCUAUUCAUGUGGGAAUCCGGAUCACCAUUUGACACGAUCAUGAAUUCCUUUUCUAAUCAGCCAGCGGGGAUGAUCCCAGCACCUGGUGAUGUUUGGGCUUCGAAUUGGACGUCGUUGAAUUCUACGGGUGUGCCGCCAAUCAUGCUGAGAGUGUUCCAUGCAGCUCUCGCGGAUAAGGGCGAAGUCCAAUCUUGA